AUGUUCUCCAAGAUUGCCGUUGUUGCUGGUCUACUGGCCAUUGCGGAGGCGCGCUUCGGUCAGGAGGGAGCGGUUCAGUCUGCCAUCUCUGCCCUGGGUAACUUUGGUCAGCCUGGUCAGGCUGCGACCCUGGCUGGCCAGACCCCUGGCGUCCUGCUCGCUGGUGCAAAUGCCUGCGCGAAGCUCCAACUCGCCGACGAGAUCGUGUCAACUCUCGGCAACGAUCCCGAGGUCAUUUCCGCUGCCGCUAAGCUCGUGGCGGCGGAGAAGAACUUCAACCCAUUUGCCGUUUCCAUCCCCAGUCUCUGCUCCGAUGCGAAUCUCCCCGCAACUCCCGAGCUCCGCGGCAUCCUUCCUCUCGUCGAUCCCGCCGUGACCGGCGCGGACGUCGAAAACGCCAACUCAGCGCAGUCGCUCACGACUCCGUUUGAGGCUGGUGGUAAGAGCGUCGCCGAGAUUGCGCAGCUCAAUGGCUUCAGCAACUUCACGCUUCAAGGCUCUGACGGCUCC